AUGGAAUCAAUCGAAACGAUAUGUCCUACUGAAGAGGAGUUGAACGUCAUCCAGAACCGCGUUCUUUGUCCUGUGGAUAAAUGUGGCAAGUUAUUCUCCAAUCCUUCCGCUUUGAAAAUGCACUUAGCUAAAAUCCAUCGAAUAACCACUGGAUUGAGUCAUAACCAAGUUUACAAUCCACACCACAACACUCGCCAGCAUAAGAAUGAUCAUAAAGGACCACCUAAACGUCAUUACUAUUGCCCAAUAACAGGAUGCUCAAGAAGUAAAGAUAGUAACAGACCCUUUAAUCGAUUUUCACAAGUAAAACAGCAUUACUUAUCUAUCCAUGGUGAAAAGAAAUUUCACUGCAUCAAUUGCACGAAAUCUUUCGGAAUGGCCGAUGUUUGCAAACGUCAUCAACAAUUAUGUGGAAAGCUAUUCCAGUGUGGGACUUGCAAAAAGCAAUUUAAUAAACAUGCCCUCUUAAUGCACCUUAAGCGCACAUCUCAUCAGAUGUCAGAAAGCAACAACUCGAAUUAUGUAGCACACGAAAAUUUAAGGAACGACAAUAUCAUCGAGAAAGACUCUGGUACAGGAAAUUUGAAAAGUGCACGAUAUCGCCCUAUACUACCUCAACCAGUCUUGAAGGAGGUCAAUAAAAAUGGAAAUCAUGAAUUGACUGCCUCUGAAAUGUUAUUUUCCGUAGAAACACAAACUGAAGGUAUCGAUAGUAAUUGCAGUAACAGGCUGCUGGUUUCUUAUGGAACACAAACACCAUCGCUGACACAAAUCCAGACCUACCGGGAUGAAGCUACUGAAAGAUUGGUGAACAAAUGUUCCAUGACUUACUUAUCGAUUUCAGACGACUAUGUCCAGACUACGAGUGCUGAUGUUAUUAGCACUUGUACUCAGACGCAAGACAGACAAUCAGCUAGCAAAGAUGUUCAAUGUAAUUUACUAGGAGGUGACGCCUAUACUGAGGAUCAGACUAUUCAUUUCGUACCGCAAACGCCACAAACCUUUAACAACUGUUGCUCCUCGACGUUAAGCGGUGAUAAUAAUCUGACUGUUGAUGAUAUUGAUUUUAAUGGCGUUACCGCAACCGAUAAAAGCAUAUAUACUGAACCAUCACAAAGUACUAGAAAUUUAAAUUAUUCAGAUAUACCUCGCCAUUUCGACGUCAAAGUUCAAACGACUUUAUCAGAAUAUGCUGAUAUGAUUGAUUCUGGCACUCAAACACAGUUUAGCACCAUCAACGUUGAAGAAUUACAGAAAUUUUUAGAUAGCAUCGAUACCGUUGACCUUGAAGCAUGUGAUAAAGAAAAAGGUAAAUAUGGAUUAUCUAAUUCUUGUCACCAUUCGCUUAAAGAGAAUCUCGCGUCAAAUCAAGAGCCAUAUAAGGUUGAUAGUAAUUUUACCCCGUUAUUGGAGCACUCGAAAGAAGACCCAGUAUUUACUGUUGAUAAUGGUUGUCAAACAGUAUGUAACGAAAUCUCUCUUACAGAAGCUGAGACUCAAACUUUACUAUCUUCCGCCUUGGAUAAUGCUAUAAAUGCCACCGAUUUUAAUUUUAAUAUUACGACGAAAAGAUUGUAG